CGGCAGCUCAAGUGAAUCACACGUCGCGUAUUCGGCUCAGCUAACUUGUGUUACUCCAAAACUGUGGACAUGUCGCAACAAUUGCCCUCAAACUGUACCAGGCACCUGGUCCACUUGGUAGUGAUCUUACUGUUUGCCACUCACCUGGCACAUGCCUCCAGUCAGAUCGAUGUGGAUGAGGAUCUGAGGCACAUGCUGGGACGCUGCAGAGGAGCAGGCGAGGAGUACAACGAGUGCAUGCGACAGGUGUUUAACGAUCUGAGGGCUUACUUCACAACAGGUGUGCCCGACUACAACAUCAAGCCCUUUGACCCACAUCGUUGCGGCUACGUCGAGUUGCGAAGGGGCGACUCCCAGGGACUGGGCAGUUUCCGACUGAUCUUGCGCAAUGUCUCCGAGUUCGGAUGGGCCAGAUCCGAGGUGACCAAAUUCCACGCCGACCCAGAGGAUCACCGCAUCGUUUAUGCCCAGUAUUUCCCCGAGAAGAGUCUGGAGGGCGAGUACCAGUUCGUGGGCAAGAUGCUGGGCACCGAGAUCACCCGAAAAGGUCACUGGAAUCUGACGCUUUUCGACUACAGCCAGACAACCAGCGUGCGUCGGAUUGGAGAGCCUGGAUCCCUGAUCAAGGUGCACGUGGAGGUGGAUCGCAUCGGAGGAAUGGAGCUGCAUGUUGGUAAUCUGUUGCAGGGGCAGCCGCUUAACCAGCUGGCCGAUGGAGUAAUCAAUAGCAUGUGGCAGCUGGGCCUGCCCUUUCUGAAGCCAAUGAUCAACGAACUAGUGAGCACCGCCUUUACGGACAUAUUCAACGAGUCCUUCCGCCACUUUCCCCUCGAGAAGUUUCUUGGAACAUGACUUAGUUGUAGUUUUUAAUAUUGGUUUUGUAGUAAUUUUAAUUUCUUUUAAAAACAAAGGCUAGUUAAUUAAACUCAUUAGACAUCUGCCAAAGUGCU